AACGGUAGACAAUAAACAUAAAAUGAACGGUACUACACAAAGUGAUACCUCGGAUGAUGUGGACGCUGAAAGAUGUCCGUUUUGGAAGAGGCUGUGGUGCGCGCGCGCCGCCCGCGCCUGCAGGCGACGGUUUGGCAGAGUGGCGCCGGAGACUGGAUGCAACGGAAGAACUAAGAGUCGCGAGUCACGUCGCCGCGUCAACCGGCCGCCAACAGCGCUGUACAACUCACUCAGCGAGAGGAUCCGAGUCAGCACACCAGCGGCUUUGCAGUGCGCUCUGUUCUGUGGGGGAUCACGCUGCCAGUACGAGCUGCCGAGACAGAGCAACUCUGCUGUACAAGGACUCUACUCUGAUUGGGUCACAGAUGACAUCCUGGCGAUGGCGCGCCCCAGCACCGCUGGCAUAGCUGCCAGGAAUAUUAUACAGCAAUUUCACAGUUGGGGCAUCAGAACUGUGAUCAACCUACAGACCCCUGGCGAGCACGCCAGCUGUGGCCCAGCGCUCACCAAGUCCGGCUUCACCUACGAUCCCAACAUCUUCAUGACCAAUGACAUAUAUUACUACAACUUCGCAUGGCCCGACUACGGGGAAGCAAGCUUGAGUGGUCUCCUGGAUAUGUCAAAGGUGCUGUCUUUUGCGCUCCAAGAAGGAAGAGUCGCCAUACAUUGUCAUGCAGGCCUCGGACGCACGGGGGUCCUCAUAGCCUGCUACCUGGUGUACUCACUGAGGAUUCGCGCCAACGACGCCAUCCGGCUGGUGCGCAAGAAACGCCCCCACUCAGUGCAGAUGAGCGGACAGAUCCUCUGCGUGCAGCAGUUCGAGCACUACCUCCUGCCUCAGACCAUUGUCUUUAGCUCCAAAGAUCCAGUAAUGUUAGCGAAGAAUCGAAAGAGCUCUGAAUUCACUCUGCGUCAAUAUUUAUACCGCCAGCGAGCGACUCUGCAUGGAACGGAGGAGAGAGCUUUUAGGGAAUUGCCAAAGAUAGUGUAUUGUAUAUGCGAACGUCUACUCAAGCUGUGUGGCUGUCACCAGAGCAGCGGCUUAGACUUGCGAGUCAGGAACAGACCCUUCUACAAAUCCUUCUUGACUUACAAGCUGAAGCAGCAGCGUCUGCCUGAAGUGCGCACGCCGGAGGAGGUCGUAGCCACACAAGUUCCAACACUGCCAAUGGUGGAGUGGCGGGACCCGAUAGAAGAGGAUAUCGAGCAAAACCUGGAGUCAGUCAGUAGCCUAACUGGCAGCGUGACGGGCGGGAACAUGCCAGCUGUCAUUGUAUACGAGGCUUUUAUUAUAGAUCAUCAGAGUCUUCCUGAAGAGAAACUAAAUUACCUGAGACAACUUCGCACCGACAUCAACCAGAGAAGAGAUGCUAUGGCCAGAAUCGAGGAAGAGGAAGAUCCAGUAGUAUUGACCGGUCUACUAUUUGACUGGUUAGAAGGUCUGAAGCAGCCAGUUCUGGACAAAGAAGACCUAUCCACCAUCGUCGGUAGAUCUAAGCACGUGGACAUGUGCAUUUUAGCUUUACAAAUGGAGGACGUUAUACUUAUAGAAUAUCUUCUGCGCUUCGUAAUAAGGCUGAGACCGCUCGCGGCGCAAAAGAAAAUCGACAUCAUCAAACGACUUGUCGCGUCGUUAAUCCAACAAUGCGUCGUCAUAAAUGGGAAAUCUUUCCCAAAUAAAGAUUUACCAAAACUCAGGGACGGAACCUGCUUGCAGGUCACAAAUUUCAUGUUGCGUAUGGUGGUAGAAAUACAGAAGGACAUGUCGAAGCCUGGCAGGGAUGAUAUGGACGUGGUGGUCCCAUCGCGGAGGUUGAGAAUAAAAGCGUGGAAAUAAC